AUGGUUAUGGCAGACUAUAAUGAUGAAGACGGUGGCGUCAUUCUCGAUGGUCCCUUUGACCCUGAUGCGCAGGCCACCGUUACCGACUUCAUAGAUUACACCGAAUACCUCCCCGCGGACCUGAUCCGUUCCCUCACCCUCAUACGUGGCUUGGACGAGCGCUAUCUCGAGGCCACACAGAAUGUUCACGAACUCACCAAGAUGUGGGGCCAGCUCCCCGACCUUCCCUCCCACGAGCGCCCAGACGCGCAGACACUCCGCAAAAACAUCUCGGCGCAACUUGACCAAGCAAUCAACGCGCGCGAGUCUGCCUAUGCCGAAGCGUGCCGCCUCUACGACGUUGUCGAUCGACACUUCAACCGGCUGGAGUGCAUCAAGCAGAAACUCCAUGCACUGCCGAAACCGGAGUCACGCGAACCUACACCUCCGGAGACUCAGACCACGCUUAAUAAGCGAGGCCGAUCCUCAAAGAAGGGCGAGGCCGCUGCGCCGGCGACAACGCGCAUAAAAUUACGGCUUGAUGGCGCGGCAAAUGCGGGGACUAGACCAGAACAGAGGUCGAGGAGUCGGCGGGGAAAGCUUGCUGCGGAUCAUCUCGCCGGCCUUCAUCCGGACUCCCCGAUCGCUAGCACCGAGCACUCAGAUGUGGAGGCUGGAACGAAACCGACUCGCAGUGCUGCGCCUGAGGAGCUUGCGGUCGCCAAAGGCAAGAAGGAGAAACAGACUCGUCGAUCACGGACCUCUGCUCCACUUACGAACGGUCAUGGCCAUGGCCAUGGCGCUGCGAUGUCGACCAGCAAUGCUCUGGCAAUGCUCAAGCCCCCACCGGAGGAUGCCAAACCUGGCAGUGAAGAUUUGCCGUGGCUGCGCUUGACUGAAUGGGAGAUGACGAAACUGCGCAAGAAGAUGAAGAAGAACGCUGUCUGGCAACCUAGUGAGGUCAUGAUUCACCGCGAACUCGCUCUCCGCGGGCGAGGGUGGGAUGCCUACCGGCAAGCCAAAGCGGAAGCAGAAGCCAAUGGCACCGAGUUUCUUGACUGCGACGAUAUCAUGAACAAUUAUGUCCCAGGAAUGUUGACGCGGCUCAGCGAUGCGAACGGCAUCGAGGGUGUAGUGGAGACCAAGUUGAGCAAUCGUGGAAUGAAGCUCAACGAGGCGAAGAAACUUAAGCGGGAAAACAUGGCCAGGGAGCAAGCGGCAGCGGCAGCCGCCGCAGCGGCCGAGGCCAAGCGUCUUGCCGAGUCUGGAACUACAGACGCAGCAGUUCCCGACCAAUCUCAGUUGGAGUCAUCCUUGGCCGCUCGGAAGCCAAGCAGGGCCUCGAAAAAGAGAAAGAUGGAUGAAAGUGUAGCCGCGGAAGCUGCACCCGCUCCUCCAGUGGACUCCGAAACUCGUGGUUCUCUACGAAGCUCAGCAAAGCGCCGUAAAAUGAGCAAGACACCUGUGGAGGAAGAUGCGGCAGUGGUCGACGAGGCCGUUGAUCACGCAUUGAACAUCGAGAGUCAAAAGGCGUCACCCGUACCAUCAGCGGCCAGCACAGUAGCAGCAGCUCAAACCAAGGACAUCAAAACCUCGACCCCGCCCGUCAGCCGACCUCCGUCCCGGCACCUUGCGCCUGGUGCAUCGGCGGAAGUAGCCGCUCUUGCGCCUGGCAAAGAUCUCCGUCGAAAGAGUGCCACGCCUGCAAGGAAAACUCCUGUCCCGGAAGGAUCUCAGGCAGGCGGCCGUCGCAGAAAGCGUCCCGCUCCCGGUCCGGUAUCCUCGGGACAGGACGGCGGGGCAGCGGUCAGCUACGGCCGACGCAAGGCGAAGCCUGCCAAGAAGAGGUUCGGACCACGCGAACAGGGACAGAAGGAUGGUUCGACGAGGGAGGACAUUCGCAUAGAUGAAGAUGGCGUGUUGGAGGAGAUUGACCCCAACGAACCGCGGUAUUGUCUCUGCGGAGAUGUCAGCUUCGGAACGAUGAUCUGCUGCGAGAACCAGGAUUGCGACAAAGAAUGGUUUCAUCUCGAGUGCGUCGGUUUGUCCGAAGUGCCCAGCCGCACCGCCAAAUGGUACUGCCCGGACUGUCGGGUGAAGUUCCACAAGGGCAACGACGGGAUUGUCAGGCUGAGCUCUCGCCGAUAA